GGGUGUCGUCUGAGAACCGGAUGAGGCGGCGACUGUGAGGCCGAGCCGGGAGCGGGCGUCGCGCCGAGGCCCGGGCGGGCGGGGAGCAACGGCCGCGGACGCCGCGGGGCCGCGUCGUUAAGGGCCGGGGGCAGGCGGGGAGCGCGGGGCGCUCGGGCCGGGGCCGCCGGCGCCAUGGGCAACCGCGGGAUGGAAGAGCUGAUCCCGCUGGUCAACAAGCUGCAGGACGCUUUCAGCUCCAUCGGCCAGAGCUGCCACCUGGACCUGCCUCAGAUCGCCGUGGUGGGCGGCCAGAGCGCCGGCAAGAGCUCGGUGCUCGAGAACUUCGUAGGCCGGGACUUCCUUCCCCGAGGUUCAGGAAUCGUCACCCGGCGGCCUCUCAUUCUGCAGCUCAUCUUCUCAAAAACAGAAUAUGCCGAGUUUUUGCACUGUAAGUCCAAAAAGUUUACAGACUUUGAUGAAGUCCGACAGGAGAUCGAAGCGGAGACCGACAGGGUCACGGGGACCAACAAAGGCAUCUCCCCAGUGCCCAUCAACCUGCGGGUCUACUCGCCACACGUGUUGAACCUGACCCUCAUCGACCUCCCGGGUAUCACCAAGGUGCCCGUGGGGGACCAGCCCCCAGAUAUCGAGUACCAGAUCAAGGACAUGAUCCUGCAGUUCAUCAGCCGGGAGAGCAGUCUCAUCCUCGCCGUCACCCCUGCCAACAUGGACCUGGCCAAUUCAGAUGCCCUCAAGCUGGCCAAGGAGGUCGACCCCCAAGGCCUGCGGACCAUUGGCGUCAUCACCAAGCUCGACCUGAUGGAUGAAGGCACUGACGCCAGGGACGUGCUGGAAAACAAGUUGCUCCCCUUGAGAAGAGGCUACAUCGGUGUGGUGAACCGCAGCCAGAAGGACAUUGAGGGCAAGAAGGACAUCCGCACGGCGCUGGCGGCCGAGAGGAAGUUCUUCCUCUCCCACCCAGCCUACCGGCACAUGGCUGACCGCAUGGGCACCCCACACCUGCAGAAGACCCUGAACCAGCAACUGACCAACCACAUCCGGGAGUCCCUGCCAGCCCUGCGGAGCAAGCUGCAGAGCCAGCUGCUGUCCCUGGAGAAGGAGGUGGAGGAGUACAAGAACUUCCGGCCCGAUGACCCCACUCGCAAAACCAAAGCCUUGCUGCAGAUGGUCCAGCAGUUUGGGGUGGACUUCGAAAAGAGGAUCGAAGGCUCUGGAGACCAAGUGGACACGCUAGAACUCUCCGGGGGUGCCCGAAUCAAUCGCAUCUUCCACGAGCGGUUUCCCUUUGAGCUGGUGAAGAUGGAGUUCGACGAGAAGGAUUUACGGCGCGAGAUCAGCUACGCCAUUAAGAACAUCCACGGAGUCAGGACCGGGCUCUUCACCCCGGACUUGGCAUUCGAGGCCAUUGUGAAAAAGCAGGUCGUCAAGCUGAAAGAGCCCUGUCUGAAAUGUGUCGACCUGGUUAUCCAGGAGCUAAUCAAUACAGUUAGGCAGUGUACCAGUAAGCUCAGCUCCUACCCCCGCUUGCGAGAAGAGACGGAGCGAAUCGUCACCACGUACAUCCGGGAACGGGAGGGGAGAACCAAGGACCAGAUUCUUCUUCUGAUCGACAUCGAGCAGUCCUACAUCAACACGAACCACGAGGACUUUAUCGGAUUUGCCAACGCCCAGCAGAGGAGUACACAGCUGAACAAGAAGAGAGCCAUCCCCAACCAGGGGGAGAUCUUGCUUGUGCCUCCCCAGGGUGGGAUUUCAUCUCUGACCCUACAUGGCUCCCACGCGGACAGCUCUCUGGGCAGCUCGAGGGGAAGGGGACCUUGGAGGCUUCUCCAGGCCUACUCAGAUGGGCCAUUCCCGGCACGGCAUCUGCCCCGUGGCCACACGCCCCACAGCAUGGCCAGGGCCCCGUUUGCCAGCUCUGACUGCUACUAACUGAGGGUGCAGGCAGGUGAGCCAGGCCAAGGAGGGGGUACGUGGGGGGCAUAUCUGCCCCCUUGGGAACUGGGCUGGGCCCCGAGGUGGAGAGGCCUCACCACAUGAAGACUUGUCUUCCAGGGAGCACUGACCGCCUACGUUCUCCACCUCCUUCCUGCUUCUCUUCCCCUGGUUGUCGGUGACUGAAGUGUAGAAAUGCCUACUCUGCCUGGCCUGGGCUAGGACGAGGCAGGCUCUACCCUGGCCCCUGGGCUGGGGAAGGAAGGAGUGGGUAUGAACACAGAGACCCACACAGCUCUGGGACAGGGGGUGUGGUUGCUGGAGCCAGGGACUCCUUCCUGGGCCAUCUGCAGGAUGGCCUUGAGCCGGAGUCUGAAGACCAGCCUUGCCCCAGCGUGACCAGACCUCCCACUUUGCCUGGGACCGGGGGCAUUGCCAGGACUCCAGGUUUUCAGUGCUAAACCAGGGCACCCUGGGAGGACACCAUGACCUUACUGGGGCCGGCGGUCUCUGCCCCCUUGCCCACCAGGCAGCCAUGGUUGGGCGGGUGCCAGCAGUCUCUGCUCACUCCCUGGUGGCCACAGGUCUCCAGGUGCUGUCUCGUCAUCACCAGGAAGCCCUAACAAGGGCCACCAGCUGGCAUCCCAUGCUGUCUCCAGCCUGGGCAAGGGCUUCUGUGUAGUGCAGAGGUCCCUGGGUGUGCUCUGGCCGCCUCCACCUUCAUGGCCCAUGAGGCUCAGAGCCUAAUUCCAGCCAUAGGAAGCAGGUGGCCCUGUUAAGAUUUGACAGGCCUGGGGGCAGGUCAGAGUGGGAGGAGAAAGCCCCUCCUGAGACCUACCCCUUAGGAAGACGUGAGAGCCCCAGAGUCAUCCCUCAAGCCCCAUCCCGCCCCCGACCCCCCCCCCCGCCCCGCCCCGAGGCGGGUAGGGAGGUGGGGACUCAACACCAGCCCAUCCCAGCUGUCCUUGGCUGCAUCUCCGCAUAGCUUGGCCCGGUCUGUUGCUGCCUGGGCCCCAGGCGGCCCUGCCUGUGCCUCCGUGUGCUUCCCGCUGCCCGGGGGUCCCCAGACCAGAGUGAUGGGUAGCUCUGGCCCACACAUGCCUCCAUGACCCAGGGAACACAGGACCGUGGCCCCUCAGGCUGCCUACAUGUAGCUGUCAGAUGAGUCCUCUGUGUAGACCUGGCCGGACUCUGCCUCCUACUCAGAUGACAGCUGCAGGCAGACGAGCCCCGGCCAGGGGAUCUUCCAGGCCAGAGCCUCAGCGCGUCAGAGAAGAGUAGGACUUCCGGGUUUGAGGCCAGCGAGGGGCAUGAUCCCCGGCGGGUGCCCCAAGCUCGAACCUUUGGCCCCAGCCCUCUGGGCGGAAGCAUCCCUUCUUCCUGUACUCUGGAAAAGAGCCUGUGGGGAAGGGAGCCCCAGGACAGAGGCUGGCCGCAGUCCCCGUCCAGAGCAGGUCCCGUUGCCCACCAAGUGUCCACCAUAGUAAGCUGGGCAGGUGACCAACGGCGCGGGCAGCAGAGUCAACACUGUGGGUUAAGCUUCUGCCGGUCAGCCACAAAAGGAGAGAGAGAAAGAACCACUCCCAUUUCGUGGCAAUUCCCCCAGCCUUCCGCCAACAGCCAUCUUCCAGAGGGUGUGAGGGCGUCCCUGGCACUUGGUCCCGCAAGUGUGAUUCCUCCGAUGUCACGUCCCAUGUGACACACUCCCAUACAAGCCCGGAAACUGUCCCGGGCCCCUUGUAGCCAGGCACACCUUUUCUUGCCUGUGCUGACUAGACCCCGCGUGCAGGGGGUCUCCCGGGGGCCCGGUUCCCUGCCCCCUCCACCCCCACCCCCGAGCCUUGUGAGUGAGUGUGAGUGCCCCGUGUCUGUCUGCCUGGGCAUCCCGUGUUGGUUUGCGGUGGGAAAUGCUUGGGGGCAAGGUGGAGUUGGGUUGCCUGGUCUAGGGCUGGAGGCAUCUCUGCUGUGUGGUCCGUCUUCCUUACUGGGGACGAGGGCCCUGGGCCCUGCACGGGGGUGGGCUGGGCCGGGCGGCAGGCGUUGUCCCCCUCUGAGCAGCACCCUCCC